CACAGGUCUGUGCACCCACCCACCUGUCAGCUUCCCGGUUCAUUCAUCCUCUGAUUAGCGAUUACACAGAAUUCCCUCCCAAUCGGCGGCGCCACGAUGCGCCUCCGCAGCCGGGCAAUCUUUCCCCUCGUCCGCACCACCGCCACCACCACGUCGGCCGCGUCUUCGUCUCCGGCGGUGCUGAGCAUCGGCCACGCGCUGCGCGAGCGCCGGCUGUUCACGGGGGACGACGUGGCGGCGUACGCGGCGAUCAGCGGUGACCGCAACCCGGUGCACCUCGACGACGCCGUCGCCCGGGAGCUGAGCGGGUUCCAGCGAGGCCGCGUGGUGCACGGCAUGCUCGUGGCGUCCCUCUUCCCUUCCAUCAUCGCUGGCAGCUUCCCUGGCGCUGUGUACGCGAGCCAGACGCUCAAGUUUGCGGCGCCGGUGUACGUCGGGGAUGAGGUGGUUGCUCGAGUCCAGGCACUCAACAUCAGGACGACGGCGGCGGCGACGAACAGCUGCACGGCAAGACGAUAUGUCGUCAAGUUCGCAACCAAAUGCUUCAUGGACGAAGAGGAGGGCUCUGUUGCGAUUGAAGGCGAAGCAAUGGCUGUCCUGCCUACACUGGAGCUCAGCUCUCAGUCGACUAGAAACUAGGAGUGGCCUCAAACCGGGUCACUAGUCACAAGUUGCUGUUGCUUAAUCAUACCCGACCUGGUAAUCCCUCUCUUCUGCAACACUGUGUAGAAUGCGUGUAAACUGAACUUAGUGUAGCCUUCACAUUGUAAGCGAGGAGUGAAAUAAAGCUGUUGUUUAUGCC